AUGCCCGAGAGCUCGUCCACAAGCUCGCACUCCCACCAUCCCUCGCGCACCCUCUACCCCAAAGGCCCAAGCUUCGACCUCGAGUACUUCUCUGGUCGCGACUACAUCGUCAAAGACUUCGUCGAGUCCCUUUCUGACGGCGCCAUUGCCACUCGCCGGUCUGCCGGUGGAGCAGCUGGCGCCAACCAAGCCUUCGACCCGAAACCCCUCAUCCGCACCUUCGAGCACGCCCAAGGCACACUGAACGAUCUGCUAGGCGAUCUCGAGAUCAGGGAGAAUGAGCUGUCGGCCGCUGUCCGCAGGGCAGAAGCCCAGCAUGCACAGAACCUCAAUACCCUCGGCCGCAAGCUGAACCACACCAUCGAGUCAUUUCAGAAACUGGAUACCUCGCUGAACGGCGCUGGCCUGUCGAAAGCGACGGAUGGGAAUAUGGCGGUGGAAACUGGCAAGAGACUGGAGGAGCUGGACCGGCAGCGGCGACGGGCCCUCGAUGCGCAUUUCCUGAUCGAAUGCUGGGACGAGGUCAGCAAUCGCGGCGAUAUCACGAAGCUAGAGACGCUGCGGAGGUCGGGCAACAGCGAAGGGAAGCUUCGAGUGGCACAUAUCGCCAAGCAACUGCUUCGAAUCAGCCAGAGACUCGAUCCGAAGAGCUGGAAUGAUAAUUCAAAUGGAAGCUACGGGAAUGGCGAGUUGUCGCCGGCGCUGAAUGGCAAUGGUGGUGACAAUCUGCCGAAGAAGAAUACGAGGGAAAUCAUCGAGAAGUUCUCGGAAACGCUGGAGAAGGAUCUGCUGAAGCAGUUCGAUGACUUUUACCGCAAGGCGAAUUUUGAGGGGAUGAAGGAGUGCGCGUCUGUGUUGAGAGAUUUCAAUGGAGGUGCCAGCGUCGUGGCGCUGUUUGUCAAUCAGCAUCAGUUCUUUAUCGACAGGAGUCAGUUGGUGACUGAAGAGGUUGGCGGGGAUGCAGAGACGUGGGAAAAGCUCGCGGAUCCAGACACUGACCCGCCUGGCGUUGAGCCUAGUUUGCAGUCGCUGGUCGACGAUGUCAAGGUGGUUGUGCAGGAUGAGUCGGCAAUUAUUCGUCGCGCAUUUCCGUAUUACGACGAGGUCUUGGGCAGGUUCCUGCAGCGUGUCUUCCAACAGUCAAUUCAACAGAGGCUUGAGAUGGUUUUGGAAAAGGCAAGCGAGGUUUCGUCCCUUGCGUUUCUACGCUCACUGCAAAGCUCACGCGGCUAUCUCAAUACGUUGGUGGAUGAUCUGAAAGCUCAUGGUUUGACAGAAGCCCCGGAUUCUAUCGCGUCUCAAACUGCCAUCUUACUUGAUCAACAGUUGGAAGACUUAUUUGUCCCGUACUUUGUUGGAUCUUCUUAUAUUGAGCGAGAAAGAAAGAAUCUAGAGGAGCUUUACGCGUCCUUGCUCUUCAAAUUCACAGCCUUCCAUUCGCGACGAAAAAAGACUGCUACUACAUUCAUGGCGUCGUUGGCAAAAAGUGGCAGCGAGCUGCUUACCUCUGCUAAGGAAUCGUAUAUCUAUAGACUCGACUCAUCUGAAUCCACGCCUACGCAACGCCAGAUGCUUUUGAGGGUUGCCGGGUUGAAAGACCCCGGUGAUGUAAGUAAACCAACAGAGCCGGAGCUUACAGAGCAGGAUGGGGUGCUUUCUGUGAGCUAUGCAAAGCGCAUGCUUAGAUGGCUAGCUGAAGGUGUUGGACGUGGGCUGGAAUUGAGUGUCAGCAGCGAGACGCCCAAGGAUGUGUCUUCACUUCUGAGCUUGCUCCUGACGACGAUGGGAGAAAGCUAUGUCGAUGUUGCGCUCGACGCCGCUCUCGACGCUGCUACUGCACAGGAAAACUCCAAAACCGAACCAGACUUCACAUAUCUUCAAACUCUACGAGGAGCUAUCAGUGUAACGCAUCUGAUGCUGACAUGCAUCAACACGGUGUUGAUUCCUCUGGCGGCUAAUAAUGUGACCACCCGGCGAGAGAUGGAGAAGAAAACGAAUUUUGCUGUUAGCAGGGCCGAAGACAAAGUCAAUGCAAUUGAACAACGAACAAUCGACGUUGCCUUGGUCUGGGUGGGCAAGCUUUUAGGAGGACAGAAAAAGAACGACUUCCGACCAAAGGAGGGUGACAGUUCUACGGCGUGGCUGGAGAUGCUACAAACCCCGACCUGCGAGGCCAUCUGCACUUUCCUCACUCAACUCCACAACACCGCAUUAACAUACAUCCCGUCCAGCGGCUCCAAUCUCCAAACCCUCUUCACCGAACUUGCCCUCGGCGUGCGCACCCAGCUGCUCGAGCACUUCCGUCGGUUCCAGGUGAACGGGCCUGGCGGGCUGAUGGUCACCAAGGACAUGACGCGCUAUGCCAAUCUGUUCAAGGAAUGGGAUCUCGAACCUGAGGCCAAGUCGGCCAUCGACACUCUCCUCGAAGUCGGCAGUCUGUUCGUCGUCGGAUCCGAGGCUCUCCGCGAGAAACUGCGCGGUGGCCAGGCCAGUGGCAGCACUGGGAAUACCGGCGCUGGCGCCGCUGGUCGUCAGACUGGCUCGAGCGCGACGGCAGAUACGAGCGGCGCUGGGCUGUCGGUACAGGAGAUUAGAGCGUAUGUGUUGAAGAGAGUGGACACGAAUACGGUGGCGAUGCAGAGUGUUUUGAAUUCGUUAUAG